GUUACUGCGCAUGACAGCCGUUAAGUUUCGAUUCCGGUAAACAGAAGAGACGGAGCGAACCGAAAGUGAGCCAGCUGCAGCUGUGGAUGUGGCAGAGGUGUUUGCUCUGAGCUGACAGGAAAACUACUUUUCUCUCAGUAAACCGUGAAGAGGUCGAGUGUUUGUGUCCUUCAUCAGCUGACUGUGAACUGAAGCCUGCCCUGAUGUCUGCGAGAUAUUUUUUUGCGUGUAGAGAGGCUGUGAGGGGCGUCUUUGGUAUGAGAGGCCUCACCAACUACUGUCUGUCCUGCUGUGUGAACACUUUACUGCAGACCCUCUCUGCUACCUGGGAAGUAGCAGAUCUACUUGACAGGUGGAAGACAGCCGGUGUGAGGACGGAUGGUCGUAACGUCCCUCUGCAGCUGAAAAAAGUCCUCGCAGCCAUGAGGAGCGACCCCCCUCAGCCUGUUCAACAUCAGGACUUCCUCCACUGUCUGGACAGAAACCUGGUUCGACUUCACGUUCAGCACGAUGCUGAUGAGGUGUUCCUCUCCAUCCUGAACUUCAUACAGCAGCAGAUGGAUGACAAAUCUCUGGCUCUUGAAAUCCAGAAUCUGUACAAGAUUUCUCUGGAGACACACGUGCAGUGUUUAGAGUGUUCCUCCGUCCAGACUAAGUCCACCUACCUGCUCAACCUGCCUCUGCACGUACAGGAAGAUGACAACUCACUGGAAGGCUGCAUGUCCUCCUUCUUCGAGCAUCAGGAGCUGCGGGGCAUAAACUCCAUCUACUGUGUACAGUGUGAAAUGAAGACUCCAUCCAAACAGGGUGUCAAACUGCUCUUGCUGCCUCCUAUCCUGUGCGUGAGCCUGAAAAGGUUUCGAAAUGGCCGUUCUGGCACCCGAAAACUUGACUGCCAGGUCACCUUUCCGGAAAACCUUGACUUCUCUGGGAUUGAUCAAGAGGCGUUCACCUCAGGCUUCGCCCAGAAUGACUACAAGUACACUCUGCACGCGGUGGUGGUGCACUCUGGUUACGCGACGUGUGGACACUACACUGCCUACGUUCGUCACAGGAUAAACCAGAGCUGGUACUACGCAGAUGACAGCCACGUCAGACAGGUUUCCUGGGAUGAAGUAAAGAAAACCUACGGAGGUUAUCGCAGAGGCACGGCAUACAUGUUGAUGUACAGAAGAGAUCCGAGGGAGGAGAGACAACAACCGGAAGUUUCUGGCUGAGUGGAUGGACGCAGAUGAAUUAACCCGGGGUCGAGGUGCAAUGUAGGGGGAAGUAAUCAUAGGAAUAUGAAGUCUUAUUUAUUGAAACAUGUGAUUUUAUUAUAGAUAGUGGAUGGGUUUAUAUUAAAUGAUCUUAAAGAUUGUACACCGGCUCAGUAGUUUCUGCCAGACGUCAGUAGAUGGCGUUCAAAAGUCAAAACAGUGAAGCGUUUUCCUUUUCAGACCACACACACUGUGAACACACUCAGUGAGGCUGGUUUGAAGGGAAUGCUUAGCUUAGAUAUUCAGAGUUUGAGGGGGAAAUACCUGCCAUGGGAUUCAGUGUUCAUUUUCCUGACACUGCUGGAUAAAAUAUGAGUCACUCACGAAGAACAAUGAAGUCAUUUUAUUCUCAUCCGGGCUGCCAGAAACAACAACAAUCAUGUCACUCUGAUUUGUAUUAGUUGCGUUUUCUUGCUACCUGCAGGCCUUUUAACGUGACCGAUUUGCAGUGACGCACCUUGAUGGUUUUUUUUCACCAUCAGAAUGCAUGAAAUUACAAUAAAACGGAGGUGAAGUGUUGCAGUUUCAGCCACAGUGCUUCACUGGUUUGGUCUCAGGAGUUCCCACUCGCCUUCGCCAAGAGUCGGGGGACCGUGUGAAAUGGUGCCUAUGUGCUGCGGAGCUCUGACAGAAUGGAACAUGUCUGCACAGUGCCACAGGCAGCAGGGGCCUCAUGCUUAGUCAUCUCGCUGCCAUGUAGCACAGGCGCAGCUUUCUGCACAGGAGGGUAUCGUCCUCCCACAUUCAAAAACCAAACGCCAGGUCUUGAUGUCACGAAUUACGUGUUCAGAUUUGAGUCAGUGUCACAGAUAUGGUAAGAUGUUUCACACUGAUUUUGCGGCAGGAGAUUUUAUCUACUCCUCUGACUUCUACAAAGUAAGACGCUGUCAUUGCAGACAGAGAUGACGAUAGUUAAGAUUCUCGACAUUUACUGAGGGUUUCUAUGCGAUUAGCGGAAAUCAGCGGGCGCAUGGAUGGAUUUUAAAAAGCAAUAUCGUGCAUUAUCAUCCGUUACAUAACACCAGUGUUGGAAGGGGCUCAGAUCAUUAAAUUAAAGCAGCUGUAAUUAGUAUUUUCAUAUUAACAGCGGAUCAAACAAGUACUCGUGUUGUGAAAGGUAUCACUCGCUGCAGUUCCCUUCAGCUGUUUGAUGUUUUUCAGCUCAUUGUUUUAGUUUUCCGGGCCAAAGCGUUAUCGUCCCGGCUCACUUUCACCACUUUGUUUCAACUGUUGAACUGAAGUUUCCACCCAAAAUAAAUUGGUUAGAAAUUAAGAAAUAACAAAACUAACGUGGUUCUCUAGCUGGAACCAAAGCCUUGCAGGUUUUCCUUGACAUGAAGUAUAAACCAGAUCAAUGUGCGCUGAUUCUGCAUCCUGUUUUAUUUACGCUCAAAACUGUGGAAAUGUGUCUGAUCCGGUAGAUAGCAGCAAAUAAUCUCCACAGCCAGACAUAAUGUGAUGGGAAAGGGGCUUGUAAUGCUACAUGCUUGGCACCAAACAACAGAGCAUUUAGCAGUUAGAUAACAAAAUAUUUCCUUUAGUAGGCUGAUGGAGGGAAAAAACACAAACUAAAAGGUUUAAUUUUAGACUUUGCUUCAUCAGGUGGACCAAAAAAAAGACUCCAAACCAGUGCUAAGGUCGCUCUGUGUCUGCUGGAUGUGUGCAUUUGCAAUGUUUGCGAAUAAAUAAGAAGUUAAAAGUUGGAAAUAUG